AUGAUCAUCCAGUAUUUCUAUGAGGAUUUUCAGGCAAGUGAUAGAAAUCUUCUCGACGCUGCAGGUGGUGGUGCAUUAGUGAAUAAGACAGUAUCUCAGGCUAGAGAGUUAAUUGAGAACAUGGCAGCAAAUUCUCAACAAUUCUUAAGUCGUGGGUCAGAACCACUCGUUAGAAGAGUUAAUGAAGUGAGCGAAGUUUCUGAGCUUCGUCAACAAAUGGGUAAUAUGGAAGCAAUGAUACAACAAAUUGCAGCUUUAGUGGUACCAUCUUCUCCCCAACUUUACAAAGAAGGCAAUGAUCAAGUCAAUGUUAUUUUACAAAAUCAGCAAAGGAAAAGGUAUGAUCCUUAUUAUAACACUUAUAAUGCAGGGUGGAGAGAUCAUCCAAAUUUCAGCUACGCAAACAAGCAAGCUGCAGCUCCAGGACCGGUUUUUAAUCGUCCUAGUGGUUUUCAACAACAACAACCACAACAAGUUCAGAACUCAGAAUCAUCUGAGAUGCUUGGUAUGAUGAAGAAUAUGACUUUAAUGAUGCAGAAAAAUCAGCAAACAAUAGACAAUGCAAUCAAAGAAUUACAAACGCAGGUGGACACUACAACAACUGAGAUUAAUGAUCUGAAAGCACAAAAUAGUGGGAAACUCCCUUCUCAACCUCUUAAUCCAAGAUAUUCUGUCAAUGUUGUGACAUUGAGAAGUUGUACACGAACUGUGCAACCAGAAGAUGAUGAGAAAAACAAAGACCCUAAAGGGACAGUUUUGGUGACAGAGAUUACUGACUCUUCCCAAACCGAUGAGGUGCCUAAAGAAAACUCUAAAACUCAUGUUUCUACUUAUGUUCCUCCUUUGCAUUUUCCUUGCAGGUUUGCUAACUCUAAAAAAGCGGAACAAGAUAAGGAGAUCUUAGACAUUUUUCGAAAGAUUCAUGUGAACAUUCCAUUGAUAGAUGCUAUUAAACAAGUCCCCAAGUAUGCGAGAAUUCUGAAGGACUUAUGCACCAAUAAGCAAAGGUUGACUGGUAAUGAGGUAAUGAAAGUGGAGGAAAAUACUUCGGCUAUAAUGCAAAAGAAACUCCCACUUAAAUGUAAAGAUCCCGGUAGUUUUGAUAUUCCUAUUGUUAUUAGUAACACUAAGUUUAAUAAGGCUAUGCUUGAUUUAGGAACAUCAGUAAAUGUUAUGCCUGCAUCUGUAUGA